AUGGCCGAAGAUGAUGGUUAUUUACUCCACCACGUCAGGGUCGAAGAAAGCGAGGGCACAGAGGGUGAAUUUCCUCAACCGGGCAGUUACCAAGGGGGGCAGAUUGCCAGGAAACCAGGCUGUGACAGACUGCUCCACAAGCCGGUGGAAGGUGACAGGCAUGCCGAGUUACUCCUGACACCAGGCUUUAAUUUUAACCAGAAAGCCACCACGUUUGCCCCCGUGUCUAUGCCAUCUCCUCCGGGGAAAUGGGGCGUCAGCACAGAGCAGGUGUGUAGACACACCCGAGAGGAUGGGUGGAAGCAUAUUUCUAUAUCCAUUAAGAUCAAACUGCGAAUCUACCAGCGAAUCAUCCGAAAGUUUGAUACUGAGUUAAGCUUGCCGGUUGUAGCACAGCAGAGAGUGUAUGUCAUUGGGGACGAUUGUUAA